AAGCUCAUAUCCAACUUCUCCUUGGACCCUACGCCUACAGAGACGACAUGUUUGCGCUGCUGGCCCUGUGUCUUCUGUGCUCGACCGCCUGGGCUCAGUUCCAGCCGGAUCGGUACUCUUUCUCUGAACCCGUGGGCAGCGGCACCGGAACCCGGUAUGCCACGUCUGGAUUUGGCCCAAUCACCGCUGUUAGAAUGUGGGAGCAGAACAACAACAUUGUCACCGGGUUUCAGCUAAAGUAUGGCUUCGCCUGGACUCCUCGGGUUGGCCGCAACACAACUAACCGCGUGGAGAUGUCCCUCUUCGAGGGCGAGGCCAUCGUCCAGGUGUCAGGGAAGUACAACCCCAACAACUUCAUCUACCAGCUGCAGUUUGUGACCAACAGAGGUCGUUUCCUGGCCGCAGGUCAACCCCUGGGCCUGUCCUUCACCCACUACCCCACCAACAGCGAGAGCGAACUGAGGAUCCUCAGCGGCCGUGUCAACAGUGCGGGCAUCACCUCCCUGGGCGCCCACUUUGCCAGUGUGGACGAUAUGGGGUACAAGAUGCAUGGCGCAGGAAACACCACUCACAGGAUGCAUCUGAACUAGGGGCCACCCUUUGAUUCUUAUAUCAAGCCCUUAUACAAGCUCUCAUAAAUGUCUUACAUUCCGAUGUAAUAUCUUUAAUUUAAUAACUUAAUCCUUUAAAAUCUGUUAAGAUCAGUAUUUUGUAUUUUUGAGUAAAUGUUUGUGAAAAUUACAUCUUCUCAUAUUGGGUUCAUGUAAUGUGCAUGCUUGUUGUGGUUUGUCACAUGAAAAGUGCUAUGAAUUAAUAGUUUACUUGAGGGACGUGUCCAUGAUAAGAUGCUGUGCGUUCACCUCUGAUUGCUUAAUGAAAGAUCUAGAUAGU